UUGCUUACUCCUAUUAUAUAUAUGAACUGGGGUUCAACAACUUUUCUCUUUCGCUUUCCUACAUCUCUGAACAGAAAGAUUAAGCAUUAGCCUUCAAUCUGUCUUUUUUUUACUUUAGGAAGCAGAUUCGGAUAUGGAUCCUGAUGACAGUCUUAGUGAAGAUCCUUGGACAAAGCCGUCUUCAUCUGGCAAUGAAUUACUGAAAAUUAUGCCCUCAGAUAACCAUUCAUUUACCAAUUUCAAUCUGCAUGCGCAGAAGUGGGAAGGUUCCUCUUAUUUGGAUCAACAGACCAGGAUUGAGCAACAGUUUUCUGGAUUUACUCAACCAAAACAGACAUAUCAGAUGGAUCAACAUGGGAAUCAGAUGAAUGAAAAUAAUGAUUCGACCAGCACAAAAGACUGGGAUCCAAGUACUUUGCUAAACAACCUUUCGUUUCUCGAGCAAAAGAUUCAUCAGCUCCAGGAACUAGUGCAUUUGAUUGUUGGGCGGAGAGGUCAGACUGGGCUUCAGGGAAAUGACCUUAUAGUUCAGCAGCAACAGUUAAUCACAGCGGACCUUACUUCUAUUAUAGUCCAAUUGGUAUCAACUGCAGGAAGUCUUCUUCCAACUAUGAAGCACACACUUUCCUCCGUGAGCCCUGUUGCUAGCCAACUUGUGCAGUUUGGUUGCGUCACAGUUCCUUCUGCUACAUGUACUAAUGGCGGGGGACUGCCAUGUAAUGAUGGCGGUGUCACUAAAGUGGAAGAUCAGUCAAACCACGUUGACCAGUUGAGAGAUUGUGGGAUUGAACAAAACCACGCUGUUGAUGGACAUGAAUCAAAAGAUGAAGAUGAAGCUGAGGAAGAAGAGAACCUUCCUCCCGGUUCCUAUGAGAUUCUGCAGUUGGAGAAGGAGGAAAUCCUUGCACCACACACUCACUUUUGCACAAUUUGUGGCAAGGGAUUUAAGAGGGAUGCCAAUUUGCGGAUGCACAUGAGAGGUCAUGGUGAUGAGUACAAGACUCCAGCAGCUCUUGCAAAGCCUCAUAAAGAACCAAGCUCCGAGCCAACACUCAUCAAAAGGUAUUCCUGUCCUAAUGUUGGAUGCAAGCGCAAUAAGGAGCAUAAGAAGUUCCAGCCUCUGAAGACCAUCUUAUGUGUGAAAAACCAUUACAAGAGAACCCACUGUGAGAAAGCCUAUACUUGCAGUAGAUGUAAUAUAAAGAAAUUUUCGGUUAUUGCUGAUCUUAAAACACAUGAAAAGCAUUGUGGUAAGGAUAAAUGGCUUUGUUCCUGCGGAACAACAUUUUCUAGGAAAGAUAAGCUUUUCGGACACAUUGCCCUUUUUCAAGGUCAUACUCCUGCAGUUCCGCUGGAUGAAACUAAAGGAUCUGCGGGGACAUCUGACCAAGGCCAAACAAGUGAAGUCACCAUGAAAGCGCGACGUGAAGAUUUUAAGGUAAAUGCUUCACAUGGCAAUGAGUUUCAAGAUCCUAGGGAUAUAAAAAGCGCUGCAGAUGAUCCAGGCAGUUAUUUCUCGCCUUUGAACUUUGAUACUAGCAAUCUUAAUGGGUUUCAAGAGUUCCCUCGACCACCAUUUGACGAGUCGGAUAGCUCAUUUUCGUUUCUGCUAUCUGGAUCAUGUGAAUACCCCCCUCACAAGGCUGCAAAAUAUAUGAGUUCUACUGAACUGGAAUAACAUCAACCAGUAUCCAAUUUGUAUUUGAUUCAGUGUAGCUAUCUAUUCUAUCAUCAUGUCAUUGGUUUCUCAGAAUAACUAAAAUUGUUUUUCUUAAAAUUUUUAGUAUCAUUGUUGCUAUA